UUAGAGAGCGGUUCUUAAGCAUUUAUUUAUAAAACAAAAAGAAAAUUAUUAAAAUAAAAUGGACACUACUAAAGUGACGGGUUUGAAAAAGGCUGAUUUACCAGAAACCAUACAACUCUACAAAGAUUUGGAUGUCUCCGUUAAAGAAUUAUUGAAAUCGGCCAACAAGGUGCGCCUUAAUGCCUAUGUGCCCUAUAGUAAUUUCAAAGUUGGUGCUGCUUUUCGCUCUAAAUGUGGCCGCAUUUUUAAUGGCUGCAAUGUAGAGAAUGCCGCAUUCAGCCCUUCCUCCUGUGCCGAACGCACUGCCAUUUGCAAGGCUGUAAGUGAGGGAGUACGUGAAUUCACAGCCGCUGCCGUGGUGGCCUAUCAGGAAGAUGCCUUCACCACACCCUGUGGUGUAUGUCGACAAUUUAUUAUGGAAUUUGCUCAUGGUGAUAUUCCUCUAUAUGUGGCAAAAGCGGUGCAAACUAAUGCAGAAGAUCUCAAGGAGUUGGAGGGAGAUUUGGAAAAUCUGUCCACCGACAAUGUUUUAUGUACCUCCAUCUAUAAUUUACUGCCAAAUGGUUUUCGUAAUUUUAAGAAAAUUGUGAAUUAGUUUAGGUUUGUAAUGUGGGGAUUUCUCCAAUUUGAAAUUUACUGUAUUUUUAUAUGU